CGGGCCCGCGCCGGCCGGUCAACCUCGACUCGGCUCUAGCCGCGCUGCGCAAGGAGAUGGUGGGUCUGCGGCAGCUGGACAUGUCGUUGCUGUGCCAGCUGUGGGGCUUGUAUGAGUCAAUCCAGGACUACAAGCAUCUGUGCCAAGACUUGAGCUUAUGCCAGGACCUGUCAUCCUCCCUGCACUCGGACAGCUCUUACCCACCUGACGCCGGCCUGUCUGAUGAUGAUGAGCCACCUGAUGCCAGCCUGCCCCCCGACCCACCGCCCCUCACUGUGCCCCACACGCACAAUGCCCGUGACCAGUGGCUGCAGGACGCCUUCCACAUCAGCCUCUGAAGAUCUGGGGUCGGUGGGGAUGACCUGAGGAAAAGGUGAAAAACUCACCCUUUUAGCCAUUCUCAGAUGACAGUGCCUGUUCUUCCACCGGUACCACCUCAACUUUACCUCAGAAGGGCAAGGCAAGGCAUGUGCCCCUCAGGCAAAACUGGUAGCCCCCUUUCCUGGUGAGCUGGCACU